AUGACCAAAUGCCCCUUUCGAGCAGCACAACGGCAUGUCCAUGCAUCCCAUGGACAACCAUUUUCACGAGCCCACUUCAAAAUCACCAAACGGCCACUUUCAGCAGCAGAAGGCAGGUGUACUCAUCCCAUGGACCAUCAUUUGCAUGCAGCCAUCGGAGAAUUUCCAUAUGUCCAUUUUUCGCAGCAAUCUAGCAUGUCUCUGAAUCCCAUCAACAACCAUUUUCUCGAGCCCACUUUAAAAUUUCCAAAUGUCCAUUUUCAGCCGCCUCAGCACAUGUUUGUUCAUCCCAUGGAUAACCAUUUUCACGAGCCCACUUUAGAAUUUCCAAAUGCCCACCGUUAG